AUGGCCGCACGUAUCAAGCAGUUAGCCGCUCACAUUUCUCCCUCCCAGCAAUCUACCACCAUGUCUUCUGCAUCCACUUUUGCCAAGGUUCCUCUCGCCCCCCGGACAGGUAUGCAUAUCAUCUUCAAGCUGACCGCUACGUACAAAGCCGAUACCUUUCCCCAAAAAGUAAACCUCGGUGUGGGUGCCUACCGUGACGACGACAACAAGCCGUGGGUCCUUCCGGUUGUCAAAAAGGCAACCGAGAUCCUGCUCAAUGACCCCGCGCUUGAUCACGAGUAUUUGCCCAUUACCGGUCUGCCAGAGUACACCAGUGCCGCUGCCAAGCUCAUCCUUGGGGCCGAUUCCCCCGCGAUUGCAGAAGGCCGCGUUGCAAGUGUCCAGACCAUCUCAGGAACCGGCGCAAACCACCUCGGAGCUCUCUUCCUCUCGCGUUUCUACGAAUGGACGGACAACAAGCCUCAAGUGUUCGUUUCUGACCCGACAUGGAUCAACCACUUUGCGAUCAUGCGCAAUGUCCAGAUCGAUCCCUUGACCUACCCGUACUACGAUCCCAAGACGAUCGGUCUCGAUUUUUCCGGCCUGCUAAACUCACUCAAGACCGCGCCGGUCCGGUCGGUAUUUUUGCUCCAUGCAUGCGCGCAUAACCCGACCGGAGUCGACCCCACACACCAGCAAUGGGAGGAGAUCGCAAACGUCUUUCUCGAAAAGGGCCAUUACGUGUUCUUCGAUUCGGCCUACCAGGGCUUCGCGAGUGGUGAUUUGGACAAGGAUGCCUGGGCGAGCUUUGCCAAAAACGCCGGCUUGUACGGCGAACGUGUCGGAGCUCUCCAUGUUGUUUCUCCAACCCAGGAAGAGGCCAACCGCGUCAAGAGUCAACUGUCGGUUCUUCAGCGCAGUGAAAUCAGUAACCCCCCGGCUCAUGGUGCCCGCUUGAUUGCUUUGAUAUUGAACGACCCGACUCUCUUUGACGAAUGGAAGCGUGAUAUCAAGACGAUGGCGCACAGGAUUAUCGCCAUGCGUGAAGAACUGUACAACAUUCUGACCAACGAGCUCAAGACUCCUGGCAACUGGAAUCACAUUACAGAUCAGAUUGGCAUGUUCAGCUUUACUGGUAUUUCUCCCGAGCAAUCGCAGCAGCUCAUCGACAAGGCACACAUCUACCUCACUGCCAAUGGCCGUAUCUCCAUGGCCGGCCUGAACUCGCACAAUCUUCGGUACUUCGCCGAAUCGCUCGAUAAGGUUGUUCGUGGCACUCUAUGA